AAAAGAGGGAGGGAGAUAAAGAAGAGAGCAACAAAAGCUAUACUUGUACUUUUUGGACAGCUCAAGUUCGGCGAGCGCAUGCGGGACCUUCGCUGAUUCUGAUGCUGGCGCCGCGUUGACGAAACAAACCAAAUCAGGAAGAAAGAAAGAAAGAGAAGAAAGAAAGAAAGAAAGAAGACUUUUCGGGUUCCUUCAGCUCCACUUGUCUUUUUCUUACGACACGGAGAGGAAACACACUCGCCGCUUUCUCCUCGACUUACGUCGUCAAGUGUGUCAGAAACAGCUCGAGGGGCCCCUUUUGAAGUUGUGGGUCACAUGGAGGAUGACUUCCUAAGAGGGAAAACCUGUCGUUUGGAUUUGCAUUCUAUGUUUUGUGAGACCGGUCCUGGAACCUUCCUGACACACACACGCACGUUACACUCACACGGUCAUUUACAUGAAUUCAAAAUCAAAGUGCCAGUGAGUAGCUGGAAACUGGGGAGCGAGUCUUUCAGUUUUUAACCCCCCACGCUGACAUGGAAGGCUUUCUUCGUAGCAGCUUUUUACUGAGCAGAGUCAUGUCUUCCAAGCAAGCCACGUCUCCUUUUGCCUCUGUGGUUGACGGAGAUGAUGCCAUGAGCCAGGAGCACUUGUCUUGGGAAAAAGAGGAGACGGCUGACGCCCACUGCACACCGCAGCUGCCGCUGCACAAUCUGCUCCACGGAAAAGCCCAUCCUGAUGAAAUGCAGCCGCUGAGCAGCGUACCUCCAGAGAGCGACUGGGACAGCUUGGUGUCUGCCCAACAACGCAUGGAAUCUGACAGCAAUAAAGUAUGUUCCCUGUACUCCUUCCGCAACAAUUCCACUUCCCCGCACAAGCCUGAGGAGGGGGCCCGGGAGCGAGGCGACCUGCUGAGCGCAUCGGCGUUUGGAACUCCGGAGCGCCGCAAAGGAAGCCUGGCAGACGUCGUGGACACACUCAAGCAGAAGAAGUUGGAGGAGAUGACAAAGACAGAACAAGACGAUUCAUCCUGCAUGGAGAAACUACUUUCUAAAGACUGGAAAGAGAAGAUGGAGCGGCUCAACACGAGCGAUCUUCUCGCUGAUGUAAAAGGUACUCCCGAGAGCCUGGCAGAGAAGGAACACCAGCUCUCCACAAUGAUCAGCCAGCUGAUCAGCCUCCGAGAGCAGCUCCUGGCCGCCCACGACGAACAGAAGAAGCUGGCCGCCUCACAAAUGGAGAAGCAGAGGCAGCAAAUGGAGUUGGCUCGUCAGCAGCAGGAGCAGAUUGCCAGACAACAGCAGCAGCUUCUGCAGCAGCAGCAUAAGAUCAACCUCCUACAGCAGCAGAUCCAGCAGGUCCAGGGUCACAUGCCUCCGCUCAUGAUCCCCAUUUUUCCACACGACCAACGCACUCUGGCAGCAGCCGCCGCCGCCCAGCAAGGCUUUCUCUUCCCUCCGGGAAUGUCUUAUAAGCCAGGUGAUAACUACCCCGUGCAGUUCAUUCCCUCCACAAUGGCAGCUGCGGCAGCGUCAGGACUCAGCCCCCUCCAGCUGCAGCAACUGUACGCCGCCCAACUUGCCAGCAUGCAGGUCUCUCCUGGAGCCAAGAUGCCUCCGCUCCCGCAGCCCCUCAAUGCCAGUGGGCCCAUUUCCCCCUCCUCUCUGAAGAAUGACAAGAGUUCCUCCAGCCCUAUCACUCAAGUCAAGGAGGAAGGAACACAGCCGCUCAACCUUUCGGCUCGGCCAAAGACAACAGACAUGGUCAAGUCCCCGACUUCCCCGACGCAAAACCUGUUCCCCGGCUGCAAAAGCAACCCAAACAGCUUCGCUAACAAGGGUGGUAUCCCCAGUCCGCUUGGAGGUGGCCUGGGCCGUGGCUCCUCGUUUGACAUCCUAUCCAGCCUCAACUCUACGGCGCUGUUCGGGGACCAGGACACGGUGAUGAAGGCCAUCCAGGAGGCCCGAAAAAUGAGGGAGCAGAUCCAGAGGGAGCAGCUGCAACACCAUCAGCAGGGCAUGGAGGCGAAGCUGUCCGCCCUCACCUCGGUCGGCCUCAACAACUGCAGAGUUGACAAGGAAAGGGCCCAUUUUGAAGGAAUCGGGCACCACCUCGGCAAGUUGGCUGAAGACGGAAAGCUCGGCCACAGAGUCAUCGAUCUCACCAGGCCGGAGGACCUUGAUGGAGGCGCCGGAUCAGCCGAGGCGAGAGUCUUCAGGGAGGCGAGGGGGAGGAACAGCAACGAGCCGCAUAUUAAGAGGCCGAUGAAUGCGUUCAUGGUGUGGGCCAAAGAUGAGCGGCGCAAGAUCCUCCAGGCCUUCCCGGACAUGCACAACUCCAAUAUAAGCAAGAUUCUGGGUUCCCGGUGGAAGUCCAUGUCCAACCAGGACAAGCAGCCGUAUUAUGAAGAACAGGCGCGUCUGAGUAAGCUCCACUUAGAGAAGUACCCCAACUACAAGUACAAGCCCCGGCCUAAGAGGACUUGCAUCAUCGACGGCAAGAAGCUGCGCAUCGGAGAAUACAAGCAGAUGAUGCGCUCGCGGCGACAAGAGAUGAGGCAGUUCUUCACUGUCGGGCAACCGCCCCAGAUUCCCAUCACCACAAGCGCCAGUAUGGUUUACCCCGGGGCCCUCGCUAUGGCAACGACGACGCCCUCGCCCCAAAUGACGUCGGAGUGCUCGAGCGCCUCGGCGAGUCCUGAGCCGACCAUCCCCGUCAUUCAGAGCACCUUCAACAUGAAGCUGGAGGCCAACAACAUCGCCAAAAACAGAGAGCAGGUCAACGGCGAGGACGACAUGGACAUAUACGAAGACUUUGAGGACGAGCCCAAAUCAGACUACAGUAGUGAAAAUGACACACAAGAGCCGGUCAACGCCAACUAAUGGACGUCCAGCGGGGAAAUGUUAAGACGGCACCACCAAGGUUUGAAAGUGUUCACAAGGAGGACACAAACAUGAUGCAAGCCAGCAUGUGGCUUCAGUAAAUCAAAAGAAAAAAAAAGCUAUUUGGUCUUAAGCGUUUCUUCGUGUGUGUGUGUGUGUGUGUGUAGCUACUAUACGUUUGUCUUGUUUUUUUUUUAAAUGUCCUUUUUCUCAUGUCAUUGUGAUCAUGGACGUCGCAAACAAAAUGGCUGUGACCUAGAACAUACAGAACUUGAAAUCAAACAUUUGCUUAUUACGGUUUAUUGACCUUGUUUCUGAACCAUUUCGGGAAAUGACAGAAGUGUCUCACUCAGGUAUUGUGUGCCAGCCAACAGCUUGCGAAUGUGUCUGAUCAUCAUGGCGACAUCACCAGAACAAAAGGUCACAUGAUUCCAUCGCACAUCGGUAUCAGUACAAUUUAUGCUAUUAAACCCCCGAGGUAGUGCGUCAGUGCCAAACAAGUAACUUCUAUUAAGAGAGAGGAUAAAUCAGUGACAAUUAAUCCAGAUUCAUUAUCUACACAAAUACGAGUCGGGAAGUGCAGAAGAGUUUCCUGUAAUCACGAAACAAAGAUUAGCCCAAUCCACUCGGGGGGGGGGGGGAGUGCAUCACCACUCGCCCGCUCCGAGUCCUACGAGCCAUUCCCAGUCAGCGAUUUGUUAAUCUGAGUGAUUGUAAUCAGGCCAGAAUGCGCCAGGGCCAACAGGCCGACAGGCCCACAAGCCGCCAAGCCGGCGGAUUGGAAGAGCGGCGGAAGGCAGCUUUGGAGGCAUUACAAUCUCAAAUUGUGUAGCGACACAACAUUCUCUUAAACGCUUUAGCCCCCAUUUGGAGGGCGAGUUUAAAGUCUUAGCUCCUAAACUUUUUUUUUUUUUUUUUUAAUUCUUUUUUGACAUUGUAAAUCUUAAACGGACACUAAGAAGUCUUAAAGCAGAGGACAGUCAUUGGGUCGAUGCCGUGACUUGAUUACUGGCGCAGUCUUACGACAUGAGGACAUUUAUACAAUGGACGACCUGCAACAUUGGUCAAGUGCACUUAGGCUAGGGGUGUCCAAACUUUGGCGUACAGGAAAAUCAAAGGAUGCAAGGGCCGCGCUGACAUCUUUUUAGCCACAGUCAAAAGGAAAAAGAAAAAGAAAAAACAAAAAGAAAUGAGGAAAACUGAAAUGGUGAAAAUCGGUUUCACAGCAAUUAUCUUCAAACAUGUGUCAUGUAUUUAAAAACACAUCUCUGACUUCAUGUUGCCGCACGGGUUUCAAACUCAAGGCCCGCGGGCCAGGUCUGGCCUGCCGCAUCAUUUUAUGCGGCCCACAAAUCAACUUCCAUGAUUAUUACUAAAAUAUGUACCAACACUUUAAAUUGUCAUAUUUAAUAAAUAAUAAUGUUGAGAUAUUGCAAGCAUUGUUUUUGUUACCAAACCCUUUUACAGUAACUUGAACAAAAGUAGAACAAACUAUUAUCUAUUAGCUAUUAUUGUUGUGUCUAUGUAAUAAUCUGAUUAGGCGAUUCAAUAUUUAUAUGGUUUCGUAGUCAUAAUGGCCCUCUGAAGAAAACAACGUGGCCCCGUGACAAAAAUGAGUUUGACACCCCUGCUUUUCAGGUUCGUUAAGAAAGUGGAGCAAACAAUGGCGAUUGAUGCUAUUUUCUGCUGUCCCUGAAUUAUCUUUACUCAUUUGGGUGUUAGGAAAAGAAAUCUUUGAGAAAUAUUUUUUGUUUUUGCAUUGUUGCAAAACAAUGUACGAACUUCUUCUCCAACCUUGGGCCCAGUGUAGAAAUGAAGUACUAUAGUACAAUGCAGGCAAACGACACAGUCUGUGUCGAUCGUAAAGUUUGUAUGCUGCAAAUGCCCCCUGGCCGUAGUUUGGACACCCCUGUUUUCCCGCUCGGAAAUCUGACAAAUGACCCGCUUUGGCAAGCUAAAGCUCCUCGAGCAGUCAAAGCCUCCAUUUUGAGACGCGCGGUUUUAAGUGGCUCCCCCCUCCGCUGCCCCCGAUGCCCUGCCCCGACCCCUGCCCGGAGUAGCCUGAGCCCACAGGGGGCGCCAUCUGGCUCAGAAAGAACACCCAAGGCCAACAAUAGAAAGCGAAGGUGCGCGUCCCUCCAUCAAAGUGCUGGAAGUGAGGCCUCGGCAGGGUCACCAGGCGCCGGCGAGCAGAUGGAACAAGUACAUCACAAGCUGUGGGGGAUUAUUAAAAUGACUGACGACUGGAUAUCGUGUGAAAUGCGCCAUUAUUAAUGCAUGACUUGGGUUAGUCCCCCCGCUCGCCCUUGAAGCUGUCCAUUUUAGAUCCCGCCGGUCGAUCGCUGGACCUCCAAUUCGUUUCCACAUUUGUAUCACGUCAUCCUAUUGUAGGACGCUCCCAUCCCAUGUUUGUGGUUCAUUAUUAUUUAUUGUCCUUGUGUUCUGAAUUUGAGCUACAACACACACUUUACAGAGUGGAUCUCCUCACAACUUGUGUUCCUCCUGUCUGCUGGUGGUUGGACUGAAUUGUAUGUGAUUGUAAAUAUCCUCCAUAUGACCAUGCCUCACACGUUUAGCGGGGGCUAUCUACGAAGGACUGAAAGUUGACUCUGCUCAUGUGGCGAAAAGACAAAAACAACAACAAAAACAUUAAGACGAACUCAUAAAGGAGACGCCGUUUCAGACGUGUUUGACGCACUGGAUAUAAAUUGUAUUUUUUAUCAAUUCUGAUAAAUGUGAAUCUGUUUGAGGAAAAAACAAAACAAAACAAAAAACCACCAUGAAUUAACAAAAGUCCCCAGAUGGACUCAAGUGGGUUUGCUCUCACAGCUGCCAGAUUUUAGGCCUGUUUUUUCUUUUUUUUUGUCUAUUUAGUUUAUUUAUGCAAAGACACGUGAUGGAUGAACGUUUUGGUGACGCUGCCUUGGGGAAAAACGUAAACAUUUUGACAGCAGGCUUCCUUUAGCCAGGAAACACCAGAGUAUUGUGUAUGAAUCUAUUAAGUUGUAUUUAUUACGAGCUACCAGAAUUGUCACUAAAACAACAAAAGGACAAUCACAGAACCAGAAUGAGGAAAAAAUGACAUGCUUGACCAAUUGGGAGUUGUAAAAUUCACCAUCUUAUUUAGAUUUUAUUGUACAUAUAUAAGAAAUCUAUUUUUAUUUGAUUAUUUAGGAAAGCAUAAGUUAUCUAAGUGGCUCAUCUUUUUGAUUUCUUUCAUCUUUCUAUGUGAGUUCACGUUUGGAAAAAAAAAAAAAGCCAUUGUACCUUGAGAAGAUGCUGAGUUAGGAUCAUCUGUCUGAGUUCUGAUAAUCAUCCCUGGAUUCACUGAAAAUCAAUCCAUUCAAAAUAAGAUACAGUGGUGCCUUGAGAUACGAUCUUAAUUCGUUCUGUAGCAAAGCACUUGUAUCUCAAAGCAGCUUUCCCGACUGAAAUGAAUGGAAAUGCCAUUAAUCCAUUCCAGCCUCCCCGAAAAAAAAACAAAAAGUUAAUUUUUUAAAAAGGAAAAAAAAGCACUCUAAAAUAUUAUACUUUAUAAAACGUAUAGUUAUAACAUUAUUCACUAGAAUGUAUUGUGCAUCACGAUCUAUUUAUUUAUUAUCGAUGCUAUUCGUUAGCCCGUGUGUGGCGUUUUGCAGCGAGUGUUAGCGAUAGACUAGCGGAAGGAAAAGCUGCGUGGUUGUUUUCACUGCGCAAUGUGGGAUUCUCUUUGUUUAAUGUUUAGCUUGACAGUAAACAGCUUGAAACCUUUUUGGGAAGAAUUCUUGACUCUUUGCCAAACUGUUGCUUGUUGUAAAGUGAGUUGAGUUCACAGCCACCAAAUAGUGUUGGAAAAAUCGUCCCCCCAAAAAACCAGCUUGUAUCUCGAAAAGCUGUUAAAUUCGCAUUUGGAGGCACCGCUGUAUUGCUCUUCAAAGUUUUCACUUCAACAAGAAGCACUUGACGUCAAAGAAUUUGAUCCUAAUCAACGAUUCAAGCGAACAGCACUUAGUGGCGAUAAAGACAAAAGCAGCGAGUGGUGCUUUUCCAUCAUGGAUUACAUCGUGUGAUUGUUUUCAACACGUUUGCUGUUUUCUAUCAUUUGAAAAGUGGGAAUGUGCAUAUAUUAUUUACACGUGGCAAAAAUGCUGUUCUCGACAAUUUUGUCUCGUAUUUUUCACGAAUCAUUUCUUAUCCAUCCAUUUUGCUUCUUAAUCCUCCAUGCAAACGGUUUGUAUGCACAACUGAGGACAAAAAGCGCAUAUGUUGGUUUAACCCUUUAUACUGUCAUUUGAUUUCAUAUUCUUUUUUUUUUUUUUGCCUUCUUUCGGAGCGCCGAAUAUGGUGGGAAUGUUGUUUGCGUUAAUUUAAUCAGCACAAUUCACUGAAAUGCUGGACCGACUUACUAGCUGCUGUUCAGAAGGGCAACAUAAUAAUAUUUGGUGUUGUUCUAUAGAGGUACAUUUCUUGCUUUCUAGUUGUUUCUCAAGCAACACUGUGUCGGGCUCUUCCAUCAGCCGAGCCUGGAUUUUUCAAAUGGCUGGGUCUGCGUAUAUAAAUAUACCUUUUGGUUUGGUUUUUUUUCCUGGCAGGUACCUACAGUAGGCAAAUGGAAAGUAUUGUUUGCGUGUUGUUAGAGAGAAGAAGAAUUACAUAGUGUCUGUUGCUGCUUUUUUAAAAAAAAGAAAAAAAGUUUAUGUCUGAAUAUGUAAAUAGUUUAUCAUAAUAUCUUGUACAGUCCAAUGUAAAGUUUUUAAUUCAACUUAAUAAUGUUGCCAUCAUUGUGUUCACAUUCUUUAUACAUGACAAAAGAUAAUUUGCUCGGUGAUAUUGCUCAAAAGAACAAAAAAUGUUUGUUUGUUUGGCUUCCUCGUGUCCACCAGCAGCUCCUUGGUUUCCAUGUGCAGUAUUGAUGUGUGCUAAACUUAAGGUGAAUCAUUUGACUGUGUGUGUGUGUGUGCGUGCGGGCGGGCGAGCAGGCGGUUGUGUGCGCGCACGCACGCACGUGUGUGUGUGUGUAGCGCUAUCUCCCCGGCUUUUGUAGUAUUACUAUAUCAAGUCAAAACAAACCAAGACAUAAAUAAAUGGUAUAUUUGGGUGCAUCUAGGCAUCAUGGAAAUGUGCAAACUGUGUAAAAAAAAUAAAGAAGUAAAUGAUCCCGGCAAGAAUCAGUUCAGGCAUUUCGUGGUGUAAUAGCAUUUCUGUACGCGUCAGUCCAUUGUAACAAUACGACAGGAGGCUGACGAGCGGCCUGUUUACGACGCUCAUUUACCUCAAGAAGUUCCUCCCUUUGUGUAAAAGAGAACAAAAUUGUGUUGCAGAGAGCUUCUCACGUCACUCCAUCUUUUGUACUGCUGUUGACACUUACACAUUAAAGAGGCAUUUUGUUUAAACA